AUGCAUAGUCAACGUAAUUUAAUAACAGAUAAUAUUUUAAACGGCGCAAAAUCUAGAUGCCAAGACAUCACCAAUUCACAAUUUGGUUCAUGCGGAUGCUGUCCAUCACCAUAUUGUCAAGCAAAAUCAACGCCAUGUUCAACAAAUUCUGACUGCGAAUGCUUGAUGAUGGCAAUGACCGGUGCAGGAAUGUGUACGGAUACAGUUAUGUCAUGUAGAGAUUUGGUUCCAUGUGAAAAUGAUAAUAAGACAUGUUCACCACUCAAUACUAUAUCAUCAACAAUUACAACAGCAAUCAAUGCUUGUUUGAAUAAUAGCCUCUGUCAAAAUAACGGUACAUGUCAACCAAUGGGAAAUAGUUUCUUUUGUCUGUGUCCAUCAACACAUUUCGGUCCAUCAUGUGAAUAUCGUGGUAGCGGAACCGAUUUAACUGUGCUCGAAGGAAUUAUUAAUGGUUCACUAACCAAUUAUGAUAGGACCGUUGAAAAUGUACUCAAUCGCUCUAAUUGGACCAAUAUGGUUGCCGUUGUCGAUGUUACCGGUUCAAUGCAACCAUGUGCAGCUGCCGUUUAUAAAUGGUUAAAAUUAUCUUAUGAUAAAUUAAAUUUGAUCAAAUACUAUGUCUUCUUUAAUGAUGGUGAUAAUAAAGCUGAUUCACUCAAAGUAAUUGGAUCUACCGGGGGUAUCUACGGCGUACCGACUUCUAAUUUGAAUACAACGCUAGCCGUAAUGCAAGCAGCUAUGAAAAAUGGUAAUGGUGGUGAUGGGCCUGAAAAUGAUAUAGAAGCAAUUUUAUAUGGUAUCAAACAAUGUCCAACAUGUACGAAUUUGAUUCAUAUUGCUGACAAUCAAGUGACGCCACGUGACAUGAUUUUACUUGCGAAUGUGACCUUGCCAGUGAAAGUCAUCACUUGUCAAUUGAGCUCGUAUCCUGUCAAUCCUGAUUUAAUCACUAUUGCUAGUCGUACAGGAGGUUCACUACACACUCUCGAACAAGACAUCAUAAACUUAUCUGGUAUUCCAGUGAACGGUACUAUUGUCAUCGGAAGAAAUACGUAUCGUCGUACAAUAAACGGUUACAUACAAAUUGCUUGA